GUCAGUCAAAUACAGUUUGUAUCACAGAGUGAGUGAGUUUAUACUCUAUAGUUUGUAUUAUUACGUUUUUGUUUAUUUUUAAAUAAAUCACUUUAUCAACAUUUUAAAAUAAAAUUAAACCAAAAUAAUAAGCAGAGCUUACUGGCGAGAUUUUCUUGUAUUAUUCAUAAAUAAUUAUACAGACUAAAAUAUAAUAAAAAUAAAAAUUUGAGGUUAUAAUUGUGAUUUGCUGUAACUUAAAAUGGUAUGCGAAAAGUGUGAGAAAAAGUUAGGAAAAGUGAUUACGCCUGACCCAUGGAAAACUGGGGCUCGAAAUACAGUCGAGUCUGGUGGUAGAAAGGUCGGGGAGAAUAAAGCGUUAACCGCUAAAAAGGGACGCUUCAACCCUUACACCGCCAAAUUCCAAGAAUGCAAAAUAUGCAGAACAAAAGUACACCAAGUGGGUUCACAUUACUGCCAAGCAUGUGCCUACAAGAAAGGAAUCUGUGCAAUGUGUGGCAAGAAAAUAUUAGACACGAAAAAUUAUAGACAGAGUUCUACUUAGUUUUUUUAAAUAUUAAUAGUAUUAAGUAAUUAGUAUAUAAGUUAAAAAAUACUAAGCAAUUAUAAAUGAUACUGUUUAAUUUAUAAGUGCUACACAAUUUCAAUUAUUCUAAUUAGAUCCUCAAUAUAGAAUAAAUUAUUCUGUGAUAUGCAAAAUUUGGUGACAAAUGUCUAGGGCAGGUGUUCCUAAACUUUUAAGAUAAAGGAAGGGUGUUCCUUUAUCUUAAACCUUACCUUUUAUUUUAUGGAACCCCAUAUCAAAUGAUUACAAAUAAAAAAUACUGUAAUUUAAAUAAGAACAAAAGCUUUUACUAUAAAUAUUUUAAAAGUAUAAUACUUUCUAGUUUCCUUAAAUUUUUUAUGUGAAGAAUGAAAUUGUUUCACUGUAUAAAUAAUUUCGCAGAACCCUGGUGACUUUUUUAUGGAAACCCUAGGUUCUGUGGAACUUACUUUAGGUAUUGCUGGUCUAGGGCAUAACUCAUCUUUUGUCAAAUAUUUGUAAUCCUUAUAAUAUUGUACUUUGUACAUAAUUGGGUCAUAUACUUUUUUAUAACAGAAUUUUAUAAAAAUAGUAUUUUUUUUUAUUCAACUUAGAAUGGCAAACAAGCUGACGGGCCUAUAGACAUGAGUAGUACCAUGGAUAUAACAGAGUAUACUGUUUCGCCCAUGAUACCCCCCAUGCGUUGCUAUUCUUGAGGUCUCAGGUAGUAUUCCUCUGUACUCUGUGACUUCACUGCCAUCUCCCACCCUUCAAACCGAAAUACAGCCAUGCAAACACUGUUACACGGUAGAAACACGAAUGGGACAGAGGUAUCCAAGCAAACGAUUUUUGUACAGUCUGCUUCUGGCAAACGUAUGUAUUACUACCAGUACGUAUCUAGAAAUGUAUUGAACAUUGUUAAUAUACUGAACUUGUGUUUAUUAUAAAAAUGUUUGUAAAUAAAUUAAUAAUAUUUCA